UUAUGAGUUUCAAAAAAAAAGACACGUCUACAAAUACAAAAAAAAAAAAAUCAAAAGAGAGAGCGGAUAAGAAGAGUACUGAACAUUCCUAUUGGAAGGAGAAAAAGGAGAUGGUGAGACUGAGAGAAACAGAAGUGGUCCCGAGACUCUGUAUCGUCUUUCUUCUUCUUCUCACUUCUGUUUUGAUUGGUUUGGAUUCCCAGACCAAAGAGAUUGCUUAUAUGCACAAGAAAGUCACUUUCAGAUAUUUGUUUGCUCUGGAGGUUGAGUUGUACAUAGAUGUUGUGGUUGCUGUAUAUAAUAUGGUUCAAUUAGGGUUGGGUUGGUAUGGUGUUGCACAAAAGACUUCCAAUUCUAAAUGGCUCUCUUACAUCUUGGAUCAGACGGCGGUAUACGUGGUGUUCUCGGGAGCAUCUGCGGCGGCGCAACAUUCAUUGCUGGUGGUGACAGGUUCGAGGGAGCUUCAGUGGAUGAAGUGGUGCUACAAGUUCACAAGAUUCUGCUUCCAGAUCGGAAGUGCCAUCAUCUUAAACUACAUCGCGGUGGUGCUCAUGGUCAUCCUCUCCUUCCUUUCCGCUUUCAACCUCUUCCGCCUCUACUCCCCUAAACGUUAUUUUCAGUUCAAGUCCUCCUAAUUAUAUAAUUACUCUUUAAUCCUUUUCUUAAUCUAGAAUAAUGUUGAGUAAUGCAAAGAAAAGUGUGGUUAAUUAUUGAUAUGAAUCUAAAUUAUAUAAUUUGUGUAUCGUCAAGUGAAUGCAUAUUUUUCUUAUACAA